AUGAUUGACUCAACACCACUGCCGUUAUCUGAAUCAACUUUUAUCACUACAUUACCAUUAUUAACAACGAGAAGUUUGUCGAAAAUACAGCAUUCUAUCAAAAUAUUUCUUGUACUGUUAAUAUUUUUGUCGGGUAGUUCAGCUCAAAGUAAUACAAAUAUUCUCAUAAAUUCUGAUAAAAUUGGAUUAAAUUCUGGUAAAGCACUUCAAAUACCUAAAAUUGUUGGUCAUCAAUUGGGUACUGCUGCACACGCUCCAAUCACAACUGUAUUUCAGCACAAUAGUGAUAAGAAUGAUAGUGUGACUGGUAAAGAUAAUCGUUAUCAAAACCAUCAAUGUCCGCCGAAUACUUUUAGUUGUGGGGAUGGUACUUGCAUCCCACAAGAUUGGAUUCAAGAUGGUGAAGCUGAUUGUCUGGAUCUAUCUGAUGAGUUAAUUAAUCGAGCGAAAACAUUUCUUUCAUCAAUUUCAGAUUCAAAAACUCCUACUACUGUAAUUACUGAUAACAUUAGUGAAGGGUCUUCAUUCACUACUGAAGAACCAUUUGAUGAUCCAUUUGAUCAAAUUGUAACAAUAUCCAUUUCAUCAUUCUCUCAUUCCGGUGAUAAAGCAUCAACUGACGGAAAAAAUUCAAGUAUAUUGUUAUCUCCAGAUAUUUCUAUUCCAAGAAACAAUAUCAAAAGUUGUUCAGAUAUUAUGCAAGCAAGAGUAAAUCAAUGUUCUACUGAUCUAACUUAUUGGAUGACGAAUUUGGAUCAGAUUGAUCUAACAAAUUCAUCAUUGCUCAACGAUGAUACAAGGUAUCUUGUACACUUUCAAAAUGUAGUUUAUCGCAUUUGUUCCAACAAGCGAUCAAAAUCGUAA